AUGUCGACAUUGUCACGCGACGAGCAACACUGGCAGGCAGCCAGGACUGCAUGGUCUUCACUGGUCGACGCGCGCUUCGACAGUCAGCGCGGCUCGGCAGACCCGACAACGCUUGCGGCAAGUCUGCACGAGGCCGACAUAGAGCUGCAGGUUAUCCAAGAGUGUCUCAUGCUGGCCCGAAGACGUAGAAACGCUAUGGCGCGGGUCUGCAGGCUGCCCUUCGAGCUUCUCAGUCGGAUAUUUAGCUACCUUCAAGUGGCGUGGAAGCCGGCCCGUUGGAAGCUUACCGAAGAUGCACUUGACAAAUGGGAAGCGCGCAAUGGUGCCAUAUUCCGGUACGCGUCUGGAUGGAUGGCAGUAACCCAUGUGUGCAGUACAUGGAGGCAGGUGGCUGUGAACGAUUCGUCUCUCUGGUGUGACAUCGAAUGCCAGCACAUACAUCCAAACUACCUGAGCACGAUUCUUGCACGCUCCAAAGGACAGAUGCUCACUCUGGCUUCCUACCUCCAUGCCGAUCCUGGGGACGAAAACGACCAGGGAUCCGAAAUCAACCUACGAAGACCCACUUCCGCACGCAUCAAGAACCUUGACCUUACCGUCAUUGAGUGGGAUACGGAGAACUCCUUCGUGGACGCCCCUUUAUCAACUGAGCUCUCAAACCUCUCUCAGCUCCGACUAGCGUUCAUUGACUCGCAAGACCCCCCGCCCGCAGAUGUCUUAACAGCGACAUACCCGUCUAAACUUCGACGGCUCGAUAUCACCAACUAUAUACCGCCUCUGGCUUCGACCUUACUCUCCAACUCGUUGUGGCUCCUGAAGCUGCGCAAGCCUGCCGGAUCACCGCCCGCGCAAACACUCACAGUAUCACACCUGUCACACAUCCUGCCACAACUACCCAAACUUCGGUUUCUAGGACUGGAGAACAUCCUAACUAUGGGGACGGAAGAUCGCGCGUUGCGCCCAUUCUCGGUCCCUUCCUCUCUCAAAGUGCUCGCAGUGGUCUCUUCCGCGCACGAAGCAGUGACAUCUCUGGUUGGGCGUGCGACGCUACCGCCCUCUACGUCGGUUCUAGUGGACCUUCACUCAUGCCCAGCCCCUGAUGCUGCCGUUCAAAUAUCAGUGGACCUUUUCCGAGAAGCUCGUCUGGAUCACAACCGGGCACGUGAGAUGAUGUUGAAGGACAGUUGUAUGCGUCUAUGCCCUUGGACAUCGUUCAGCUCCGGCAAACUCAUAGCAGAGUGUUUGCCUUUCGGUUCGCCUUUCACAAUCGAUUCUACUCGAGGAGCGGGUUAUCGAGAUUUACAAGUCACCGACGCUCCCCGCACCCAGGAUAUACUCCUGGAGGAUAUGGAGGCAACGACCGCCGAGAACAUCAAACUAUACCUCCCACACCUCCCACUUUCGUCUGUCACCGCUAUCGCGUUCCUGUCGACAUUCGACUAUGUGACAUCGCCCGAUUCCUGGAUCACCCACUUCUCUCCCGCGCGCAACGUCACUCACAUCUUUGUGGUGGCUUCCCAGAGAGUGACUUCCCAUUAUGCCGGUCUGUGCGCGGCGUUGGAAGUUUCCGAUGGCCAAGGCUUCGCUCUAUUCCCUCGUUUGGAGACGAUCACAAUCGGGCAUGGCAUGGUGCCUUUUGGGGAAAGAAUACGCCCUCACCCUGGGCUAGCGGCUCUCGCGCGCACAUUGGAAAGCAGACGCCUUGGCGGUUCGCCGAUACAGGAAGUGCGCACAAGUCAAUCAUCCCAGUCGAUGGGAGACGAGUGGGACGUGAUUCGUGGACUUGUGAAACUCUCGUUUGUUCCCUGA